AUGCGUUCCAAAGAGUCUCCCGGCAGUCAGCUGUUCAGCCUGCUCGACGACCUUCUCGAGGCCGGAGUUGUCUACCUCGCUGAUGUUAUGGCCGUUGAACUCGAUGAUCUCGACGCGGUUCCUGCUGCCUCUUCGGGUGCAUCUUCUUCCGUUUCCCUUCCGUCUUCCCGCCAUAGUGCUUCUCUUUCCAACGUUUCGCUUCCUCCUUUUUCUUCUUCGGCACAUUCCUCUCCCCCUGUCCCGCUGUCGUGCUUUUCUUUGGGCGGUCCCACAGGGCACGGAGGAGAGGCAGUGCAGGGGAGACGCGAGAACCCGAAAGAAGCGAGGCGCACAAGAGACAGCCAAGAUGGGAGUUAUAUGAAACCAGAACGCGAGACCGCAUGGACGAAUGGGGGGAGAGAAGACUCAAACGAAGCAUACAGACAGCAGGCACCACAAGAGGUCGACAGAACCCUGCAGGAGGAUGCCGAAGACAUCUCUUCGCAUUUCCUUGCUUUCUUCGACGACUCCCUUCCUCUCCAUUCCAGUGUACAUACAGCCGAACGUACCAAGGCUCGAGCUAGCGCCCCAGGCGAAAAUCGCGGAGACACGCCCCCUGCCUCCGUCGACGGCACGCUUUCUGCCGACGGCCUCCUGUUCAUGCACCGUGGAGGGUUCGACUUUGCCUCAGGACGCAGUGUGACGGUGAGUGAGGAAGCGAGGCGAAAGGCGCGGCAGAUGUUUGAACUCGAGGAUAUCGAGACGGAGGGGAAGAAGGAGCGUGGACAGAUGGUCGAGAAGGGCGACAUCGGGGCAGAAGGCCAGGAGUCGAGGAGCGAGAAGGAGAAACAGGAGACAGGGAUGAGCGGGGGAUUCCGUUUCGCCUCAGGACGCAGUGUGACGGUGAGUGAGGAAGCGAGGCGAAAGGCGCGGCAGAUGUUUGAACUCGAGGAUAUCGAGACGGAGGGGAAGAAGGAGCGUGGACAGAUGGUCGAGAAGGGCGACAUCCGGGCAGAAGGCCAGGAGUCGAGGAGCGAGAAGGAGAGACAGGAGACAGGGAUGAGCGGGGGAUUCCGUUUCGCCUCAGGACGCAGUGUGACGGUGAGUGAGGAAGCGAGGCGAAAGGCGCGGCAGAUGUUUGAACUCGAGGAUAUCGAGACGGAGGGGAAGAAGGAGCGUGGACAGAUGGUCGAGAAGGGCGACAUCGGGGCAGAAGGCCAGGAGUCGAGGAGCGAGAAGGAGAGACAGGAGACAGGGAUGAGCGGGGGAUUCCGUUUCGCCUCAGGACGCAGUGUGACGGUGAGUGAGGAAGCGAGGCGAAAGGCGCGGCAGAUGUUUGAACUCGAGGAUAUCGAGACGGAGGGGAAGAAGGAGCGUGGACAGAUGGUCGAGAAGGGCGACAUCGGGGCAGAAGGCCAGGAGUCGAGGAGCGAGAAGGAGAGACAGGAGACAGGGAUGAGCGGGGGAUUCCGUUUCGCCUCAGGACGCAGUGUGACGGUGAGUGAGGAAGCGAGGCGAAAGGCGCGGCAGAUGUUUGAACUCGAGGAUAUCGAGACGGAGGGGAAGAAGGAGCGUGGACAGAUGGUCGAGAAGGGCGACAUCCGGGCAGAAGGCCAGGAGUCGAGGAGCGAGAAGGAGAGACAGGAGACAGGGAUGAGCGGGGGAUUCCGUUUCGCCUCAGGACGCAGUGUGACGGUGAGUGAGGAAGCGAGGCGAAAGGCGCGGCAGAUGGUUGAACUCGAGGAUUCUGACAAAUGCCGAGAGGAGGCAAGUGGAACCUUUAAUCGUGGAGGGGCAGUGGAGGGGGGUGUCGCCAUCUCACUAGGGAACCCUCUAGCAAAUCUGCCGGUCGUAACUUCGGCUGCGUUCGUUUCGCCUGUGGUUGCCUCCUCGCAUCCGUGUUCGUCAUCUUCCUGUCCUUCCUUUUCUCUCUCGCGGGUUGGUGGAGCUUUUGCUCGAGAUUUGCUUCCGCAUGCAUCGAUUCCACAGCGGCCUGCAGGCUCUGUCGAGAGCGUGGGAGAGCGCGAAGCCCGGACGGAGACACUUUCGGUGACGGUGGAGGAGACUGAACGCCCGCCUAGCUCCCUUGGGUCUCCGUUUGUUCGUGUUCGAUCUUCGCCUGCAUCCAACCGUGUCCCCGUUCAGCAGGAGGAAGCGAAACUGCAACCGCCACUGUCGGCAGACGCGGGAGGAGGCCAGGGCUCUCCAGGGUCUCCUUUGUCUUCUGCGCUUCCUUCCUCGAGACGAUCUCCCGCUCCGUCUCCUUCUACCCCUUCCUUGCCGGUUGCUUCUGAGAGUCUGAGCGUUAGUCCCUCUCCCUCUUUGUCCCUCUCUUGUGUUUCUCGGCCUCCGCCUUUGCGACGGCGAGGCGCCUCCGGCUUGGGAGUCCUUCGCCCCGCGGAGGCCAGCGGUGGAGCCCCAGGCGCCCGUACCGCGGUCGCCAGAGACAGGAGACACUUCAAGGCUCCACGGCGGAACUCGCAGACGGCGUCUCUCGGAGGCAACGGGUCUCGCGCGCGACACAACUGUCGAGAGGAAGCAGAGAAUCGAAGACCGGGGGAGGCAGGGAAAGGAACACAGGAAUGCGACCGGAAAGGAGAACAAGAGGACGAUUUCGCAGGGAGAGAAAGGAGCACGGCAAUUGCAUCUGGAAUCGAGUCUUCUCGGCUGUUCUCCCUCGAGGUCAAGGCAGGAGGACUUGUUGCGCCUCUCCAUCACAACGCUCUUCUCCUGCGAUGGCUGUGGGGGAGGCACGCGCGUCUUGCGUCGAUUUGCAUGCCGCAAGUCUCUUUUUUUUCAGGAGACCAGCCUUCGCCGCGCCCUGCGUCUCCUGCCUCGGGACCUCCGUGUCUCGCGCCGCUCUCUGCUCUCCUCUCGGCUUCUCACACUGCAGGCGGACUCCGAGACUUUCGGCGUUCUUUCCUUGACCGCGGGCUCUGGCUGCUGUGCCUCCCAGAGCCGCUCCAGACCCGCAGCGUUCCUCUCUACUGCGGGUCUCUCGAGGCCGCUCGAGGCUUUCUUCUGCUUUCCUGCAAAACACCGGCAGAGCCUGGAUGCGCGCAAAGCCCGAGAACAGCGACGCAAGCCUCCGGCGAGGCUCACGCACGCAGAAGCGAAAGAGAAGACGGCGUAAAGGCAGAAAUCCUCCUCGGAGGAGUGGACGACUUCUUCAACAUGGUUCAGACUUACCUCCAGUGGAAGCGCGAUUUGAAGAAAGCAGCGCCUUGUACACUUUCUGCUUCACAGGGAGUGGAGGCGCAAAUGAACGGCAAGAGUCGAGGCGAUCAAAGAGGGGACUUGCGGGCGCAGUUCCGCGAAUCAAACGGACGCUUCACCCGCGCUUGGGUCACCAACCAUUACAGCCUCCUUUGUCUCCGAGCUGCUCAGCGAUGGAUCCAGACUUUUGCGUUGGCCGUCGCGUGCCGCCAAAACGAAACAGAACGGAUCAGCAGCCCCGCAGUCUCUCCUGCUUUCUCUCUCUCUCACUGUUCUCGCCGUCCCAGUUCCCGGCCCUCGUCUCUCGUCCUCCAGCCUCCUCGCGAGGCCGGCACCCCCUCCCUCAUUCCUUCUCCACUCUCUGCACUGUCUCCUCAACCGAGUUUGGGCUCUUUUCCGCCGCCGCCUCCGAGUCCGCGAAGUCUUCUCAAGGCGUUGCUUGGUCGCGUUGAGGCAGAAGCCGCGGGACGGCGCUCGGUGCUCCGGCAGAUUUGCGAGGGCGACGUGUCCCCUGCGACGCCGAUGGUUCUUGAAAUUCUCCAUCCGCCGUUUUCCAGCGGGGAAGACGCCCUGUCGCUGCGCGUCUCCGACGGCUGGUACUCCUUGAAAGCCCGAGUAGCCGAUCCGUUUCUCGCCUUUGUGUUCGAGCGAAUUUUCCGAAGAAAAGACCGAAGCGAGGCAGGUCCAGAAGGCGCGGAGCAGCACAGGCCUUUCCCAAGGUUCGCCUUUCGGCGGGUCUUUGUCCAGGGCGCGUCUCUCUGCGGUUUGUCGGAGCCGUGCUGUCCUCUGGACCUCCCUGUCUCGGCUUGUCUGCUUCUGCACGCGUCGACAUGCCGGCCUCUCUUUGCGUUUCCUCGCUCACGUCCGUCUCCGUCUUUGCUUCCUUCUCUUCCAGGGGCUUCGUGCUCGGCGGUUCCCCCGCGAUUCCUCCCGCAUGCGUCGCCUUCUUGCCUUUCGCCGCCCUAUGCUCAUGCAGCCCGCGGAGCCGCGUCUCCAGGCCGCGCUCUCCGGGUUCUUUCUUCUUGUCGCGCCGCGUUUCCUCUCGGGCGCUGGCGGGGCGGAAGGGGCGAAACCGCGCGAACCGACGACGGGAAAGAGGACGAGCGAGGAGUUCCCCAAGCGUUGAAAGGCCUGCGCCGUGGCAUGCCUGGAGAGGUUUCCGUGGUGGACGUGAUCGUCCUCCGGAGAGGGCCUCUGCUCUUUCGGGUGCGGAGACAGAAACCGCCAGGCGAGAGUCCGUGGGGAAGGCAGGAAGCGCGGCAAGGAGGCGCCCAGGGAAACGAACCGGCGCACUCCGAGAACAACGCCGAGGGAGACGGCGAGACGGAGGUCGUUUUGAUGACGGAAACAGAGUACCGCGCCUGGCGACAGCGAGAAGAAGAAACCGUGAGAACAAAGCGCGAGGAGGAAUGGGACAUCCUCCGAGAGAAAGUCGCGGAAGCGCGGCGAAAAACAGAAGGCAAGAGGGCGAAAAAGCGAGCGUGUCGCCGAUCUCAGGGCGAUGAGGGCGACGCCAUCGCGGAGACGUGGACGCGGAGGUCCGCGCGAAACCGCGACGAAGAACUUGAAAAUGCGGCUCCAUCGCGAAAUCGCGUAGAAAAGCAGGCGGCUGGAAACAGCGAUGCGGAUGCCUACGAAGAAGCCUCUGCAGAAACAGCCUCAGACGAGGAAGACGAGCUGAAACACUUGGAGAGACAGCAGAGUCGGCUGGAGGAUUCGUGGGUGAACGACCGUCAAAACCUGGCAAAACAGGGACACGCCCAGAUCGAAUUCCUCGUCAUCGAUUCCCUAUUUCUCCACAAACUCUCCUCUCUCGCACUCGCCGCGCCUGCUGCUACUUCCUCGUCCUCGUCUUCUUCCUCUUCCUCGUCUUCUUCCUCUUCCUCGUCUUCCUCCUCUUCCUCGUCUUCCUCCUCUUCCUCGUCCUCUUCUGCUUCCUCGCCUUUUUCCUCUCCCUCGUCUUUUUCCUCUUCCUCGUCUUCUUCCGCUUCCUCGUUUUCUUCCACUUCCUCGUCUCCUUCCACUUCCUCGUCUGCCUCAUUUUCAUCUUUUUCAAAUGUCUCCGUGUCGCUCAGUUUGUCUCCGCACCUGCCGUCGCGCGCGUUUCCCUCCGCGGCGUCUGCUGUCUCGAGUUCCGCGUUUUCUUCGCCGUCGCCGGGGUUCAUGCCGCCUUCUUCCUUCUGUGUCUCUCAGACCGACAUCGAGAAUGCCCUCGAUUGUGCACUGGAGGAAGAAGCGCACGCACCCCCCGCCGCAUUUGCCUCGUCGUCAGCGCUCUCCGCUGUGCUUUCCACUCCGUGUUGCUUGCCGCAUUCGUCCUCUGUCGCGCAUGUUUUGCCUCACCUCGCCUCAAUCGCGGUAUCCUCGGUCGACGCGCCCACCGGCGGCACCGCGCUCAACUCCCCUGCGCAGACAGACGGAGCGAGCGAAGCCGCGCAGGACCAACGAGGCACGCAUGCACUCAGGUUGCCGCCCACCCCGCGAGGUUCCACAGAGGCCGAUGCCCGUCUAGGCAAGGCGUUUUCCAUCCUCCGCUUAUGCGGCUGUCUCGACGGGACGUUGGGGGAGACGCAAGAGCGUGAAAACGAGGCGAGUCUACUCAUGCUCUUCCGCCGGAGCCUCGCUUGGGUCACCCUCUCAGGACACCCUGGGGCAGACGAAGAGACGCCUUUCGCGGAUCUGCAAGAAGGAGAACGCGUGAAGCUCUCGAACCUCCUCUGCGCUCCAUCUUCCCGCGCACUGCCCCGAAUGCCACAGAGGGAGACAAGGCCGCGGCGAGAACGAGGCGGGGCAAAACGGGGCGGGACAGAAGAGGAUGGACGGCGGGGAGAGGGGAAGGAGCGGACUUUCUCGGAGUUUGUUGCAGCGGCAGAAGAAGAAGAGAGAAGAAGAAGAGACGGAAUCGAAGGCCGCGAAGGCCUGCGACUGGUGCGGCUCCACGGAACGCACAGAACCGGUUUCCAGAUCGUUCGCCUCGCCCCUGCCUCAGGUACAUCUUCUUUCUCCUCGUCUCCGUGUGCUGCGUUGUCCUCUCCGUCGUCUUCCUCUCUGUCCUCGUCUUCCUCUCUGUCCUCGUCUUUUCUCUCGGUCUGCAUGCCGGUCGGUGCCAUCACCCCAGGCCGGUCGCGUCCAGUCCCCUUUGCUCUGCCGCUGUCGAUGGUCUCCACCUCGCUACAAGACGCGCUGGCUGCGUUUCGUUCGACGUUUGUCCUUCCCCGCGGACCUUCCUCUCGUCUUGCCUUGGAUGGAUCUGCUACACGGAUUCUCUCUGUUCACGCCGAGCAGCAAGCUGGGCGCGGAGAAGACACAGCGCACCCCGGGAGCGAGGCAGGCGACGCAGGCGUCUUACAGACCGCCGACCCGGCAAGCGCAGACGCAGAGGAACCCGAGGAAGACGCGACUCGUGAGGCGGACGACCGUCGGACUCGAGGGGAGAAGGCGAGAGGGAAACUCGAAAAAGGACGGCAGAAACGGGCGGUGGAGUUUGCGGGCGAACCAGGAGGAGAUGCGAGGCCUGGGAAAAGACAGAAGGGGGAACUCGCCGACGGGAAGAUCCCACUCAGCGUCGCGCCCGAGAUCGCCCCGAGAGAGGACGAGAACGAUACGCAAAAGACGUUGCGCGAAAAAGGACUGGAAGCCGGGAGACGAACGCGACUCGCUGGAGUCUCCGUGUCAACUAAGCCAGCAAACGACGAGAGAUCCUUUGCUUCUCGGCCUUGGCUUCGAGCAGAGCCAGAGGCGCCGCAAGAAAAAGCGGAGACCCAGGGAAGCGCGGCUCUUCUUUCGUCUGUCUCUCGCCGCGUUCUCCCCCUGGCUUCGGUCGAAGUCCUUCUCGGUCUCUGUCGACUGCCACUCUUCUCACGGCUUCACAGUCUGACGUUUUCUCUGAAGCAGGAAGAGACAGAACGCGGGCGAGAAUGGCCACAGAAGGUGCACCAGCGCCAAGGAAGAGAGGGACGGGAAGCACAUGUGCGGCCAGACUCGAUGCGCAUGCAGGUCCAACCCCGGGAUGGUUUCGAAGACGCGAAGCCGCACGAAGCUCGAGAGCCGUUCUUUCCGUUUUGUUUCUCUGGCGAAGGAACCCGAGCUGCGCCGGCUUCACUCGGCAUCGUGCCCGGCAUGGUGUACGACCUUGUCGGGGUUCUCGUCUUGCUCGAAGAUCACCAAGUGUCUCCUGUCUGUGUUCCAGUGUCCUCACAUGCUCCCUUCUCUGGGAGUGUCGCGUCUUGGCCGGUCAGCGACUGGCAUGCGCGUGGAGGGCUCGUCGCCUUCCUGUGGACUUCAACUGACCAGCUCUGCUGCAUUCGCGUCAAGACGUCUGGGAAUUUUUCGAGCGUCGGUUCUGGCCUGCGACGCCUCGAGUCGUGUGUCGCUCCAGAGCGAACGGCCGCUUCUUCGCGUUCUUCCGCGCCCAACUCCUGCUCUCGGUCAUCUGCGCGAUCUGGUUCUCCUCGCGUUGCCUCCAGCCGCAUCCCGGCCGUCCCUGCGUUGAGUCCCCAGCGAAUGGCGAGCGAGCUGGGGGGGACAGGAACCGCUGGCGGACCAAAGGGAGCGAGAGACGAGAACCCGCCGUGGGAGGACGAUCCAUGUGGCUGUCCAAUGCUGCUGCGAUAUCGACAGCUCCUUCUAGGGGCUGGGAGACGAAGACACCCCGGAGGCAGCGGUCGCGAGGAAGCGCGGCCUGUGAGAGUUGAAAGGCAAGACGGUCUCAAACGGUGGUGGGUGCUUCACGCUGACGAAGGCGGAGUCGCUGAACGCGACGGAAACGACAGAGAACGUUCUUCGGAAGCCGUGCUUGAACACCCGGCUGUUUCCUCUUGUGACCCGUCUUCGACGCGUUCCAUAUCUCUACGCUGGGCAGUUUUCCAGAAUGUCGAGUUUGAAGGCCAGGAUCACCGUUUGGGCAUUUUCAACUUCUCGGCAUCGCCCAGACUUCUCCACGUCGCCAGUGGAUCGCUCGAGGCGCGAGCGCCGAUUUCGCCUCCGUCGCUUCCUUCUGGAGUUUCGUCCUCUUCGUGUCCUUCUCUUGCGGAGGCGCAGAGAGCUGCGGUCUCCCGCAACAUCGAAAACGAGAGGCGAAGCGGAGAGAGGGGCGACGGGAGCGACGUCCAGUUCGGGGAAAGAGAAGAGGGAACGGGGAAAGGAACUCGAGAGGGGAAAGAGACGAGCACGGCACGUGGAUCUCCGAAACGCGCAAGCACCUGGGAGCGAGAAAGGCGGGAAACCCAGGGCGAGAGACACAUGGAAUCUGAAGGGAUCGUGGACGUGGCAGAGACGAAUCAAACACGCACCGCCUGCACAGAGGGAGGGAAGGAGAAUGAGACUGUAAGCGCAGUCGAUACUUCGGCGAGUAGAAGAGACGAAGACGCGCAACCCGCGGCAGAGCACCAGGAACGAGAGGAAUUCGAGGAUCGCGGCAGUGAAAGGCAGAGCGUGGCAACACCGCGACUUCGCCGCGGGAGAGGAGGACACCAGGAGAGCGAGAUCAAGGCGAAGGCCUCCUUGGGGUCGGCGGCGGUGUCAGGAUGCAUUUCCGAUAGAGGAGAUCCUUGGGUUGAGGACAACGAGAAGAGA